AUGUAUAUUCAAUAUUAUGAAAAUCAAGUUGGUGGUGGGGCACUGAUCCAUCAAGUACAUUUAAAUCAACGUGGUCAAGGGAUAGGAGGGUUUCUUGGUGGUCUCUGUAGAGGAAUAUUACCACUAAUUGGAAGUGCAUUGAAACCAGUUGGGAAAGAAUUAUUAUCAGUUGGAAUGAAUGUUUUGGGUGAUGUCAUCACUCGUCAGAGCAAUUUAAGAGAUUCUCUUGAUAAUCAUUUGACACAAUCUGGUAAUAAAUUAAAAAGAAAAGCUAUGGAUAAACUAGAUACAUUUUUAAGUGGAGGUGGAGUUGGCUAUAAAAGUAAACGACAAAAGACAAUAACCAAGGAUUCACCAAUUGAAUUUCAUAUUCCAGCUAAUGGAGAAGAAUAUAUUGACCUGGCACAUACGAUGUUAAAAAUAAGAUGUAAAAUUACAAAAGAAGAUGGAACUGCUGUUGCCGCUGAUGCUGUGGGUGUAACAAAUAAUUUUUUACAUACAAUGAUUAGUCAAUGUGAUGUUUUAUUUAAUCAAAAGUCAGUCUCUGGAUCUAAUUCUUCAUAUCCAUACCGUGCAUAUAUUGAAACAUUAUUAAACUAUGGAUCAGAUGCAUCAAACAGCCAUUUACAAUUGGGACUAUGGUUUCUAGAUACUCCAGGUUUUAUGGAAGCACCAGUAGGAGCUGCUGCUGGAGCACAAAAUAAAGGAUUGCAAGAUCGAUCACUUUUUAUGACUAAUGGCAAUCAAUUUGAGAUGCUUGGGCAUUUACAUGUUGAUGUUUUUAAUCAAAAUAAAUUUUUAUUGAAUGGUGUUGAGAUGAAAAUAACUUUAACACGAUCAAAGAAUGAAUUUUGUUUAAUGGACAACACAGAGGAUGGAAAUUAUAAAGUAAAUAUUUUAGAAGCAACACUCAUCAUACGUCGUGCUAAGCUCAAUCCAAGUGUACUUGUAGCACAUUCAAAAGCAUUGGCCAAAACGACUGCAAAAUAUCCUUUGACUAGAGUAGAAGUAAAGAGUUUUAUUUUAGCUCAGGGUAUAUUAUCAAAUACACUCGACAAUAUUAUACUAGGAAGUUUACCAAAAAGAAUUGUUGUUGGUUUAGUUGAUAAUAGAGCAUUUAAUGUUGGUGGUAAAGCAUUAUCUCCUAGUUUUAGUAAUAAUAUUCAUGAUGCUGAAGCCUAUCAGACAUUAUUUUCUGGAACUGGAAUACAUUUUGCUGAUCAUGGAAUGAAAAUUUCUCGUUCUAGUUUUACGAAGGGCUAUACUUUAUUUGCAUUUGACUUAACACCUGACCUCUCUGCUAAUGAUAGCAUGUACUGGAAUUUAAUAAAAAAUGGAAGUCUCAGAAUUGAGAUAAGAUUCGGUGUUGCACUUGCUCAAACAAUAAAUUGUAUAGUAUAUGCCGAGUUUGAUAAUAUUAUAGAAAUUGAUAGUACACGUCAGGUACUAUUAGAUUAUAGUAAUUAA